GGCCUCAUCUAAAUUUUUGCCUCAAGUCUACAUAUACCUAAACACGGCCCUGCCCUGGAUCACAUUUGGUGCUGGAAUUGUGUGUACUCUAUUGGGAGCAAAGAUGGACUACUCCAAUGGAUUGUGUGCAAUCUCUCACCCCGGCUAUCUAUUCACUGGAGCAAUUCUUUGGUUUGGGCUCAGUCUCUUUUCCGCUAUGGCUUAUAUCACCACCCUUCCUAGCGUACAUGUUUUUAUCUUUGGUGAUAGACCCUCCGAAUGAUCAAUUUUCACGUAAAUGUUGGAGGCUAUGUUGCACGGAAACGCAAAAAUCAUGGACACGGGAAACAUCAACUUUUGCUCAAAAAAAGGUUUGUUUGGAAAGUUUCCAAUAAAUUUUGGUAGAGUUUCCGAAACGGAAACGUACUCUCAAGGUUUGUUUACAAGAACUAAAAAGUUGCAAAACGUUUUACCGGAUGACAAAGACAAUGCCAUUCAAAUUCUUGAUUUUGUGAAGAUUAUGGGUUGCUAUCCGAACACAAAAAUUGCUUAUAGGAUACUAUUGACAGUACUGGUAACUAUGGCCACUGCUGAAAGAAGUUUUUCAAAGUUGAAGAUUCUGAAAAAAUUAUUUGCGAUCGAC